AUGGUUUUCCAUUUUUCGAAAAAUCAAUCCGAUACCAAGUUUUGCCACCCUAAAAACAGGAUCCUGACGACGCUGAAGACGCCGUUAAAUCUCUUGAUGGAAGAGAAAUUUGCGGACAACGAGUCCGUGUUGAAAUGCGCAAGUCUCACAGAAGAAUCGGCGGCGAAGACCGUGGUCGCCGGGAUCGUUACCGAAGUCGAUCCAGAUCUCGUGAUCGAGGAGGACGUGGUGGAAGAGAUCGACGUUCCCGUUCACCUCGACGUCGAAGAAGCCGAUCCUACAGUCGAUCGCCAAGAAGAUCUCCAAGAAGAUCCCCAAGAUACUCUCGAUCCCGAUCUCGAUCUCGUUCGCGAUAACUCGCAAAACACCGCCUUGCUGAAGAUUUCGCUGACUGUAACUGUGCCCUCAUCGACUUCAGCAACGGCCUACUCUCCCACUUUUCUCUCUCUUGACUUACUACAUGGGGUUAUAUCACCACGCGGCAACUAA